AUGGCGUACAGAAACAGCAUUAAUGGCCUUCACGGUGGUGGCGGUAGUGGCAGCGGCGGCGAAGGAGGACAAGCCACCAGCAAUCAGACAAACCACAAUGUGAUAAACGACUUGAUUCCCUACCCCUCCAGUGCCAUCUCCACAAUCAUCGAAAAGGUGAACGGCACCGAUUCAGUGUACUUUGAAAGUGGCAGAAUAGUAAACCACAAUCACAACUUAACAACUCGCUCUCUGGGUCCGCCUCAAAGUCCACUGGAAGGCACAAAAAAGCGGUCAAAGCUUGAGAGUAAUCGCUUCAAGAAGGCGGAGGCAAUCAGCCUCGAAAAUACGAUCAACCACGAUCAAUCUAGUCCUGCCACUUCGACCCCUACUAGUCAAGUACAAACUGUAUCACAACAGUCGAGUGAUGAGAAAGUGGUUGUUUGCAAUAACAGCAGCAACAACAACAACAACAACUCACCAAAAUCAACUACACGAGCAUCCUUUGAUAGCGACGAUAUCGUGCGAAUCGUCAAACUACUUCAGGAGAAGAGGGAAAAUUCCACACAGACGGAGGAGCGGCAGCAACCUGUACAGCAGUGCAAUCAGUACGUACAAGUCAGCUUCGCAGAAGAAGAAGGUGACGCCAGCGAUGGAAGGGAGACCGAAUCAGCAGCCACCGAUAACCAUCUCAGCCGACGACCAUCAACCGUGGCCGAGCUGACUCGCUCCAAUCAGACGCUGCGGGGCACGGUCGACCAGCUGAGCUACAUCGUCGAGCAGAUGUCCAAGGAGCGCUCAGCGACCACCCUGCAGAUGCACUCCCUCUCCAAGACGGUGACCGCUCGGGAGGCGAAGAUUGCCGAGCUGGUGGCGGAACGAGAAAAGGUGCUCGCCGACAAUGACGAGCUGCGCUUUGCAAUGCGGAGCAUCGAGUCGCUGCUCGCCGACUACCAGAGCAGUCUGGCGGCGAGGGCAGAAGAGGCGGCGGCGACCC